CCCGACAGCGCGACGCGAUUUUCAAUUAGGACACCUAUUGGAGUUUAAUGUGUUUGAUCGCGCGUUCGUACGAGUGAAAUUCGAUAAACGCGUAGUCGCGUUUUAUUACUUUUAUUAGGACGACACCUUACGCAUAAUAUACAACUUAAAUAAUAGAGGUCGCUUGGCAGUCAAAUUGUAAAACCACAGUCUAAGGAAUGAAUAUUUUGUGAAGAAAUAUCAUAUUAGAUCUUAAAGACAGUACCUUAGUUGAAAAUUGCAUGACGAAGAGCUGAUAUUGUAUUACGCAAUAAGUAACUAAAUGCAACUAUCCGGAACCUACGUCAUUUAUGAAUAAAUAUUUAUUAUAUAUUUAACAAUGUUUUGCUAUGAUUACCUAACAUCAUAUUUAUGUUCUGAUACCCAUACAGUAGGGAAGUUUGAUAUAAUAUCACAAUUAAACAACUGCUAGUACAAUUUCUGUGCCGUAAUGCAGCGACAGUUGUGGAGUCUAGUCUAGUGAAAAUUACUAAGAAUUAUUUAAUUAGAACGAAAUAGCAAUUAGUAUUAAAUAUGGAAUUAAUUCAAUUGAAAGAAACAGCAGGAAUUGAUGAAAGGAAAGGACACACCUACAUACAAUGGAUUGCUGCCAUCAUAGCCAAUUCUUCGCUUCUGACGUACGGUUUGCAAGUCGGCUGGAUUUCCCCCAUGACAAAAAUUCUGCAAUCUGAAUCGUCUCCAGCCGGCGAACCCCUCUCAGAUUACACCAUGGGGUUAGUGGCCAGCCUCAUGCCUAUUAGUGCCAUGGUGGCAGUGCCACUAUACGCCUUUGUAGCUGACAAGUAUGGUAGGAAAGCGGGGAUUAUGUGCAUAACGGUGCCUCACGCGAUAUCCUGGUUACUCAAACUGUUCUACCCAAGUCCGAUGAAUCUUAUAAUAGCCAGGAUAUGCAGCGGCAUAGCAGCUGGCGGUUGCUUCAACAUCAUCCCCAUGUACACCAAAGAGAUCAGCCAGGAUCAAAUCAGAGGUCUUCUAGGCUCGCUAUUGGUGCUCUUGUUUAAUCUGGGUGCAUUCCUCAUGUUCGUGCUUGGGGCGUACUGUGAUUACUACACUGUGUUGUACAUUGUGACUGGAAUCCCGUUUCUAUCGUUCUUGUUUAUAAUGAUAUGCCCUGAAUCUCCUGGGUUCCUGGUCAAGAAUGGGAGGUAUGAUGAAGCUGCGAAGGAAAUAGCGAAACUCCGUGGCUUAAGUUCUGAUGAUAAAUCUGUUCAAGGUGAAGUUGAGACGAUGCGAAAGGAAGAUGAGUAUUACAAAACUUUACCAGCUCUGUCUGUGAGGGUUAUUUUUAAGGAUCAUGCUUGGCGCAAGGGCUACAUCCUUGCGGCACUUAUGAUAACAACUCACACGUUCUGCGGCAAUUUCGCGAUCUUGACAUACGGCUCCACCAUUUUGGAGGAGACUGGUGUGCUGUUUGAUCCAGAGCUCGUGGCCAUCAGCUUUCCUGCCAUCAUGCUAGUUGGCUCCAUCGUGUCCAUAAUGGUUAUUGAGCGAAUGGGAAGACGGAUCAUUCUUGGCUCGUCGUUUGUCGUGUCAGCAUGUGCACAAGGGUGCUUGGCAACGAUUCUCCUGCUGCAGAAACAGGGUUCCAGCGCACCAGGGUGGUUGUCGUUGCUGGUCAUAGUGGCGACCAUGUUCGUCUACUCAUACGGCGUACUACCUGUACCGUACAUAAUUAUGACGGAGAUGUUUAACAUUCAGAUCAGAGCUAAGCUGCUAAGCAUGUUAGUGGCUCAAGCAUGGCUCUUGACAUUCAUCCAGUUGGCUGUCUUCGGGCCCCUCACCAGCACCUUCGGCAUGCACACCAUUUUCUUCAUUUUUGCAGCAAUUAACUUCUUUGGCGCCAUGUUAAUGAUACUCAUGCCAGAGACCAGGGGAAGAAGUGUGGAAGAAAUAGAGAUGAUACUUAGAAAUAAGUAAAAUGUGCUUACGGUGUGCUAGGUACUUAUACUAUGUAAUAAAACACUAUUUAAAUAAUA